UGAAAACUUAAAAGCGUGCCAAACUGUCACCUUCGUGUCCAAAUGGACGAACGUUGGAUUGGAUCUUGAAAUGAUGCUGUCGCAUCAUUCAUAACCACAAUCUCUAUUCGUACAUAAUUACAUCACGAUUCAUCAAAGCUUUCAUCAUUCUUAAUACCCACCUUUCUACCUUUUUUGAUUCUUUGUACCAAUUCACUAUGAACGCUGUCAAGGCCGGAACCAGGCCGCCGUGGGUGGGCUUCGCAGCCGCGGUUUGGAUCGGAAUUUGCGCCGGCAACUCCUACUGUUUCCCUCUGUACUCUCAUUCUCUCAAAUCCGUGCUGGGUUUCUCUCAACAACAGCUUACGAUACUUGGUGUUGCAAAUGAUUUUGGCGAGAACACAGGGAUUCUUCCUGGCAUCGCUUGUAAUUAUUUCCCUCCAUGGGCUGUGCUUCUCGUCGGUGUUUUUUCUUCUUUCUUCGGUUAUGGCGUCCUCUGGCUUGCUAUCACUCGGACUAUAGUCAAUUUGCCUUACUGGAUUUUAUGGAUAGCUCUCGUACUUGCUGCUAACAGCAGCGCAUGGUUGGGAACAGCAGUGAUCGUUACAAACUUGAGAAAUUUCCCUCUGAGUCGGGGAACAGUCGCCGGACUUCUCAAAGGUUACAUUGCUUUAAGCGCUGCGGUUUUCACAGAAGUCUGCACCAUGUUGCUAAACGGAUCAGCUUCAGCAAUCGUUCUCGUUUUCACAAUUGGGAUUCCUGUUAUAUGUUUAUCCUUGAUGUAUUAUGUUCGACCUUGUACUCCUGCUUUUGAAGCAGACCCAUCGGAAAAUGGCCACUUUCUUUUCACCCAAGGCUCAAGUCUCUUACUCGCAAUCUUUCUUUUAACCACAACGAUGCUUAAAGGCACCUUGAACAUAAGCAACACCAUCUCCUACACUUUUAUUGCGAUUAUGGUGGUUUUUUUACUCGCACCUCUUGCAAUUCCGAUCAAAAUGACUCUGUUUCCCGCUCGCAAGAAGCUAAUCCGGCCACCUGGAUCUUCCGACAGUUUGGUAUUAGGAGAGGGUGAUUCGAAAACAGAUCCAUUGUUAACACUUUCAUCUUCAGCAGCAAAUCUUACGAGCUUCAAUGAUAGCGAUGAUGUUUCAGAUGUGGAUAUGCUUCUUGCUGUUGGAGAAGGUGCAGUGAAGAUGAAGAAAAGAAGACCCAGACGAGGGGAGGACUUCUCGUUUCGUGAAGCCAUGGUGAAGGCUGAUUUUUGGCUUCUAUGGACUGCUUACUUUCUUGGCGUUGGCUCCGGAGUCACUGUUCUCAACAAUUUGGCUCAAAUUGGAGCUUCGCUUGGUGUUGAUGAUACAAAUACACUCUUGAGUCUUUUCAGCUUUUGCAAUUUCCUUGGUCGGCUUGGUGGAGGUGCUGUUUCGGAAUACUUUGUAAGGUUAAAUGCGAUCCCACGUACGUUUUGGACGAUGGCAACACAAGUGAUAAUGGUGUUAACGUAUCUUCUAUAUGCAUCGGCUUUAAAUGGAACAUUAUAUGCUGCAACCGCGUUGCUUGGAACGUGCUAUGGUGUUCAAAUUGCUAUAAUGAUCUCGACAUCUUCUGAGCUUUUUGGAUUGAAAAACUUUGGGUUAAUAUUCAACUUUAUGCAGCUAGGGAACCCUCUUGGGGCACUUCUGUUUUCUGGUAUGCUUGCUGGUUACAUUUAUGACACAGAAGAAGCUAAGCAAGGAUUAGACCGGUUUACCAAAUGCUCUAUGCUGGUGGUUCGUUUCGUUUGCCUCAAAGUUCGAGCCAUUAAUGGUGAUGAUGAUGAUGAUGAUGAUGAUGGGGUUUCAACGACUUGA